UGUGCGUUUGUUUGAGAUUUCGCUUUUGAUAUAUUUCCAAAGCUGUUCCCAUGGAAUUCAAAAGGCAGAAAAGAAAUCCGGAGCUAUUUAUAUCAAAGAAGUGGCGUGAGUGGCGUUUGGCUUCUGUGGAUGAAGUGAGAAUGAAUAUUGAGAAGAUUAAGAAUGAGGAAAUCCUUAAAUCGUGGGACAUUGUACGCCUUUUGGAUGGAUGGGUGGAUGGCCCUGGCUACAGAUAUAAUUCUAAGAAUGAAUACAGAGCCAACAUGGGAGAAAUGUUGCUGGUCAAAACAAAUGUAUCAAGACCAUCCGACAAUAUAUUCAAUGAAAAAAUAUACUCUGGGUUGGAGUUGAAGAGUGAAGGACUGAAAGCUGCUUUAUUGCUCUCUUGUGACGACAAAAUUACUGAAGUCAUGUGCUUUGUUCUAAUGAGUAUCAUAAAAUGUUUUAAGGAGCCUAAACUGCGUCAAGAAGAGUUAGAUGGUUUGACGAAAAGCCUGAAUGAGACUUUCAAUCAGCGUAGAACGGUAUUGCACUACGCUGCCGAUCAGCCGCACAACAGUGAACAUGCAAUUUGCGUUGCACAAUUGCUUCUAAAAAAUUUUGAAUUUGGAAAAGAGUUGAUAAAAUCUGCUGAUAAAUACGGGAGGACUGCUCUUCAUUUUUGA